AUGGAGCUGAUCACUGAACGGAGUGACAAGCCAAUCACUGAACAGAAUGAGCAGCCAAUCAAUGAACUGAGUAAGGAGCCAAUCAAUGAACAGAGUAAGGAGCCAAUCAAUGAACAGAGUAAGGAGCCAAUCACUGAACAGAGCAAUGUGCUGUCCUGGGACAUUGACAUUUCUUCUGCUGCAGAAAUAGCAGCAAUACUGUAUGCCUGUGAUCAGGAAAUAUUUCGGGGAUGGAGAAAUAGCACUGGAGUAAAUGAUGGGCACCUGCAUAGGAAGAUGGCAAAGGUUGCUCAGAAAAUAGCAGAAGUCAUUCAGAAACCAAAUGGAUGUGUAGUCUUCAGUGGGUGUGGUACAUCUGGGAGACUUGCAUUUCUGACAACGCGAACUUUCAACCGCUACCUCAAGUCCUUGGGAAAGGCAGAGUGCUUUCAGUACUUGAUUGCUGGAGGUGAUCGAGCAUUGUUCAAGUCCAUCGAGCUGGCAGAAGAUGAUCCUGUAGCUGGCGCUGAAGCCCUAAAAGAGGUUACCAGAGGGAGGACCCCAGUUGUGUUUGUUGGCAUCACUUGUGGAAUGUCCGCUCCAUUUGUUGCUGGUCAGUUGGACUACUGCUUGAGCCGACUGGAUGUGUUUUUGCCAGUUCUGAUUGGUUUCAACUACACAUAUCAGGCCAG